AUGGUCAACACUAUUUAUUUCUCGAGACCUUCAAACGAUCUCCUUCAAUUUCCCCCGAGUGACUUUCCCAGCACUUUACCACCACCUCUAUCUGGAUCAGCGCCCUUUACCCCUCCAAUUGAUAUUCCGGCCGAUAUCUACAAUGCUGCUUUAGACAUCAAAAUUCCUAUAACAAUUGCUAUCAUUUAUGCCUUUUCUGCAUUAAUUUUGAACGCAUAUAAUCAUAAAUGUGGAAAUAAACCAUGGAAUAUAUCAAAAACUAGAACUUUCUCUACAUUUGUGUUUCUUCACAAUAUUUUACUUGCCGUCUACUCAGGCUGGACCUUUUUGGGAAUGUGGGGAACUAUGCAAAGAUCAGUACCCAUCCCUAGCGACGGGAGCAACCUUGUUCAUACCGUUGAUGCGCUGUGCAAAAUUCAUGGCUCUCGUGGUCUCGGAGAAUCUAUUAGAUUUGACCAUUUUACGUCACUAUGGUCUCCUACCUCAACUCAGGGUAGCAUUCCAGAUCUAGGUACAAUGGGUCGCAUAUGGAAUGAGGGCUUGUCAUUUUACGGCUGGCUAUUCUAUUUAUCCAAAUUCUACGAAGUCCUCGACACAUUUAUUAUUAUAGCCAAGGGUAAGCAGAGCGGCAUCCUUCAGACUUAUCACCAUACUGGUGCCAUGUUUUCAAUGUGGGCCGGAAUUCGAUAUAUGAGCCCUCCAAUCUGGAUGUUCGUCUUCGUUAACAGUGCUAUCCACACUAUAAUGUAUACAUACUAUACCAUUACAGGAAUUGGUAUCAAAGUACCCCGAGUACUUAAGCAGGGUAUCACGACACUGCAGAUCACACAAUUUCUAGUGGGAUCUUCAUUUGCUGCAAUUCAUCUGUUCAUUUCAUAUGAAAUCCCGGUCCAAGUAUCUAUUACCGAGUCAUUCAUCGAGGAUUUACCCAAAUCAAUUGUAGAGCAACCCGAACAAGCCUCCACGUUUUUGAUGUCUAUUUCUAGAGGGGUAAAAAAUAUGUUGGUCGCAUCGCUGGGGCGCUUAAGCGUGCCGCCCCAACCUAGCGAAGUUCUGCCAAAGAUACCAGAGGAGGUUAAAUUUCGGACUGAAUAUCAAAAUGUCCCAUGUUUAGAUACAACCGGGCAGGCUUUUGCAAUCUGUCUUAACAUAAUAUACUUAACGCCUCUAACCAUACUAUUUGUUAAGUUUUUUAUUCACUCUUACCUGCGACAGCCAACCUGCAACAAAAUUCCAGCUGUUGAAGAUCUCAAAAUCUCUAGUACCAAUAGUAAAACUUCACCAGGAGAAAAGAGUGAGUAA